AACUCGGACAUUUUUCUAGAGCUCCAACUUUCCGACCUGAAAUGAAGAUCACGGACGUCAUGAGUUGACCUCGGUUAUUUCUGAGUUCCAAGUUGUCUUGAAAGCACCAUUCACACGGGGCAGAGGCCUCUUCGGGGAUAGUGAAUCGGAGUGAGGAUAGCAAACAUAAUCGCUAAAGAUGGCGACGGAGAGAGGCACUGAAGAGAAUACUGCAUGUAUUAUCGUCAUCGCUAAGCAAUGUUUUUUUUCUUAGAUAGGUGGACACGCAAAAUACCGAGAGCUUUUAAGUUGAAGUCCCGUGUGCGUACAUGAUUUGUUUUUCACUGGAGCGCCCAAGUUCCAUGUCAAGUUAGCGGUGUUGGCUAGCUAGCCUGGUUGGAUUCUCAAUCGGGACUAAUGUCGUUGGAUUGCAAAUAGAUUUUAUGAGCGAUUAAAUUUGCUACAAACUGUCCAUGAAGCUAUUGGACAACAUCGUCUCUUACUUUGGAAUACAGCCAGCCAGCCAUUCAACAGGACCCGCGACACGGCCAGAGUUGAGUCGAAGUGACUGACCGUCAUGUAUUUUUUAACUGGCUGGCCUCGGAGGCUACUUUGUCCACUGAAAAGUGAAGAACAACCGUUUCAUGUUCAACCCAGUUCCCAGAGGUUUUACUUCGCUGUAUUGUCCGAGACUCAACUAAGCGUCUGGUUUAGUCGGCCCAGUGUUCUGAUAGUGAGCUACAUAGAGUCGGCGAAAGCAUCAUCCCAGUUUGGCUUCUAUCAGCAGGCCGAAUGGAAGCAGGACGAUUCCAUGAUAGCAGUAGCGGCUGCCAAUGGCUACAUCCUCCUGUUUGACGUGGUGGGAGGAGGAGAGGACAAGUAUCUUUAUGAGCCCGUCUAUUCCAAAGGGAGUAGGGGUGUUAAGGUCACCCCAGGUUAUAAAGAGGAGCAGUGUGCCCCCGCUCUCAGCCUGGAGAUGAAGAGACCCAUAGAUCUGGAGGCACCCAUCACCAGCAUGCUGUCUCUUCAGGAAGAUCUGUUGGUGUCUACUGCUGAUGGCUACCUACACAUCCUCCACUGGGAUGGAGUCAGCAACGGCAGGAAGGCCAUCAGUCUCUGUAGCGUCCCGUUCUCCCUGGACCUACAGUCUGCCAGAGGUGGUCUGUGUCUGGACCUGAAGGGGGUGUACAUCAGAGACAUGACCUACUGUGUGACUCUGGAUGGCUUUGCUGUGGUGCUGAAUGAUGGCAGGCUGGGGUUCAUCACUCCUCUAGCCAAUAGGAUCACUGCAGAUCAGCUGCAGGGCGUCUGGGCAGCAGAUGUAACAGACGGCACGUGUGUGGCUGUCAACAAUAAGUACAGACUGGUGACCUUCGGCUGUGCCAGUGGCUCAGUGUUGGUGUACAGUAUCGACACCACUACAGGGUCCAUGCAGCUCUCCCACAAGCUGGAGCUCUCUCCUAAACACUACCCCGACGUGUGGAACAAGACGGGUGCGGUGAAGCUGAUCCGCUGGUCCCCUGACUACAGUGUUGCCAUGGUGACCUGGGAGUGCGGGGGACUGUCUCUGUGGAGUGUGUUUGGAGCCCACCUCAUCUGUACCCUGGGGGAGGACUUUGCGUAUCGGUCAGACGGCAGUAAAAAGGACCCUAUAAAUAUCAGCUCAAUGUGCUGGGGAGCAGAGGGCUACCACCUGUGGGUCAUCACCAGCAGAGAGGAGACGGCGCUAGUGGAGAACAUGGAGGAGGCUCCCGCCCAGACCCAGCAGGCUGGCAUACUGCAGUUCCACUUCAUCAAGAGCGCCCUCACGGUCAACCCCUGCACGAGUAACCAAGAGCAGGUGUUACUUCACGGGGAGGACCGUCUCUACCUAACCUGUGGUGACCCCACCCAGCUCCCCUCUAGCAGCUCAGAGAGCCCCCACCCCCAUAACCUCCCCCACGGCGGGGAGGGCAGCCCCCCCCACCACCCCUCAUCCAACUCUACCUCUCAGGGACUCAGCACUUUACUGGGAUACAAGCACUGGCACGUGGUCCAGAUUCACAGUACAUACCUAGAGAGCAACUGGCCUAUACGGUUUGCAGCCAUAGACACAGCAGGCCAGUGUAUAGCUGUAGCAGGGAGACGGGGAUUUGCACAUUACUCCAUGUCCACCAGGAAAUGGAAGCUGUUUGGGAACAUCACUCAGGAGCAGAACAUGACCGUGACAGGAGGGCUGGUCUGGUGGAAAGGCUUUGUUGUUGUUGCCUGUUACAAUUUCAUCGACCGGCAAGAAGAGCUGCGUCUGUACCUGCGGUCGUCUAACCUGGAUAAUACCUUCUCCUCCAUCACCAAGCUGCACUCUGAGACUCUGCUGCUCAACGUGUUCAGAGACAUGAUCAUCCUCUUCAGAGCAGACUGCUCCAUCUGCCUGUACAGCAUGGAGAGGAGACACGACGGGCCUAAUCCAUCAGCUAGUGUUGAGCUGCUUCAGGAGGUGUCCAUGUCUCGCUACAUUCCUCAUCCUGCCCUGGUGGUGUCUGUCACCCUCACCUCCGUACGCACAGAGACAGGCAUCACGCUCAAAGCCCCACAGCAGGCCUGUAUGGCAGACAGCAUCAUACUGAACCUGGCAGGCCAGCUCAUCAUGCUACAGAGAGAUCGUUCUGGACCCCAGCUACAGGAGAAGCUGCCGUUCUGUCCUCCAGUGGUUCUGGCCCAGUAUGUAGAGAAUGUGUGGACGACGUGUCGUAGUAACAGGAAGAAGCGUCACCUACUGGAGGCUCUGUGGCUGUCGUGUGGAGAGGCUGGGAUGAAGGUGUGGCUCCCCUUGUUCCCUCGUGACCAUCGUAAGCCCCACUCCUUCCUGUCCCGCCGCAUCAUGCUCCCCUUCCACAUCAACAUCUACCCCCUGGCUGUGCUGUUUGAAGAUGCUCUGGUUCUGGGAGCUUCCAACGAGACUGUGCUGUAUGACAGCCUGCAGGGUCCCAGAGAGGGCCGGGAGUCCUUAGAGGGGUUGUUCCCCUACUGCACGGUGGAGAGGACUUCCCAGAUCUACCUCCACCACAUCCUGAGGCAACUCCUGGUCCGUAACCUGGGGGAGCAGGCCCUUCUCCUGGCCCAGUCCUGCGCCGCGCUCCCCUACUUCCCCCACGUCAUGGAGCUCAUGGUCCACGUGGUGCUGGAGGAGGAGGCCACCUCCCGGGAGCCCAUCCCCGACCCGCUGCUGCCCACCGUGGCCAAGUUCAUCACCGAGUUCCCCCUGUUCCUCCAGACCAUCGUGCACUGCGCCAGGAAGACAGAGUUUGCCCUGUGGAACUACCUGUUUGCUGCCGUGGGCAACCCCAAGGAUCUGUUUGAGGAAUGUCUGAUGGCUCAGGACCUGGACACUGCUGCAUCCUAUCUCAUUAUACUGCAGAACAUGGAGGUUCCAGCAGUGAGCAGGCAACACGCUACGCUACUCUUCAACACUGCUCUGGAGCAGGGCAAGUGGGACCUCUGUCGUCACAUGAUCCGAUUCCUCAAGGCCAUUGGCUCUGGGGAGAUGGAGACCCCACCCCCAACACCAACCACUCAGGAACCAAGUUCGACAGGAGGUUUUGACUUAUUCAGGAAUCGCAGCAUCAGUCUGUCUCAGUCAGCUGACAGCAUCGCUGCUGGGAAGUUUAACCUAACGAAGACCUUCAGCAUGCCCUCUGGGCCCUCUGCUAAGGGGUCUGACAGGUGGUCUAAGGACAGUGACUGUGCAGAGAACAUGUACAUAGACAUGAUGUUGAGGCGCCAUGCCCGCCACCUCCUUGAGCACAUCAGACUAAAAGAGCUGGGUUGUUUCUCUGCCCAGCUGGGCUUCGAGCUGAUUGGCUGGCUGUGCCACGAGCGCACGCGGGUGGCGCGGGUUGAUGACUUUGUCAUGGCGCUGAAGUGUCUCCACAAGGACUUCCUGUGGCCGUUUCCUGUCAUCCCAGCCGGCUCCAUCAGCUCGCCUUUCAAGAACGGACACCGCAGGACAGUGCUGAGCCAGCAUCUACUGAAGUCCCAGUCAGCAGACAGCCUGUUGAACAUGGACACAGCGCCCCCGCAGACCGUAGCACGCAACAGCAACCGCACCUGGCUAGACGGGCUGGGGGCUCUUGGACCUACAGAACCUACAGAGAUGGACACUGCCUUGUCCCACGGGGGGCCACAGACACAGGAGGCCUUCCUCUCUCCACUAACCAACAAAACGGAGGAGUGCAGCAUCGGUUCUGCCACAGACCUGACAGAGACCAGCAGCAUGGUGGAUGGAGACUGGACCAUGGUGGAUGACAACUUCUCUACUCUCAGUCUGACCCACUCUGAGCUGGAACACAUCUCCAUGGAGCUGGCUAACAAGGGACCACACAAGUCCCAGGUCCAGCUACGGUACCUCCUGCAUGUGUUCAUGGAGGCUGGCUGUCUGGAGUGGUGUGUUGUGAUUGGUCUGAUCCUGAGAGAGGCCACAGUCAUCAAGCAGGUGGUCAACUUCCUGGACAGCCCUGAGGUUCCUCCUGAGACCGUCCAGAGUGUCCGCUCCGGCCUGCUAGGGGUCGACGCAUGGGCCUCCACAGACUGCCUGGGCUAUAAGCCCUUCCUGAACAUGAUCCGGCCCCAGCUACAGAAGCUCAUAGAGACUUCUGUAGAGCAGAUCCAGCCUGAAGCCUUCCUACCAGGGGCUUCCAACUCGAAGCUGGCUGAGCCCCAGCCCGGAGGCCCCCGUGCGGAAGACAGUAGAGGGCCUGUCCUGGGUCUGGCCCUUCCUUUGGAGCCCCCUGGGGGGUUAGGGACAGAGGACGGAGGAGUUCCAGAGGAGCAGGAGGAACAGGCGGUGGACGAGGGGGCGUACGACUGCACUCUGUCCUGACAUGCCCAGUCCUGACCUGAGUCAUGUUCAUUAGGCACCAAAUGGACUGAAACAGGGAGGGACUGACUAUAUUGACUUAAACUUUUUUUGCUACGGUAAGCCCUGAUGAAUACAGCCCUUUUCUAACCUCUGACCUUGCUGGGCGGGUGUGAUGGGACACAGGAUGUGGAAGAGAGACACUGGAAGUCUCUGACUAAACUCUGUCUGGAACCAGUUUGUUGACUGACGUGGACUCUGAUAUUUUCCAUUGUGUGUGUGAGACUGUGUGUGUCAUGGUAUUGUGUGUAUUACUACACUGGGUGUGUAACAUUUGGAAGCCUCAAACACAAGAGGACAUUCUCGACUUCUCUCCAGUCCGGAUACUCGUCCAUCCCAGUGCUGGAGCAGGGUCUGUCGGGUCAGUGAGUGAGUGGGCUCUUGUGUUUUAAGAGUGUCAGUAUUGUCCAGUUGAUUAGUCAGGACACAGCCGAUUCAUAACAAAAAAAACAUAGAUAUGACAUGCUUCUAACCUCUAUUUAUUCUGCUCCCUGUAAAAAAAUGUUUUUUUUAAAGAAAUUUGCUCACAGACCUGAGUUUGGGCUAGUCAGUCUUUAUUCUGGGAUUAAAGCAGGCAGUUUGUGUUGCAAGCUAGCGUUUUAAAUAGGCUUUUCAGAUCAGAGAAAUGCUGUCUGGAUUGUGCUCGUCUGGGCAAUAGAGUCUAGAUAGAAAUUUCAGAUCGCCGUGAUGACGUGCUGGGUUACUGUCCGUUAGACCUGUCACAUAUUAAGCUCAUUCCACAUUACAGAAAGUUCAACCUAUAACUGUAUAUUUUUGUCACAGUUUGUACAACAGUCUAUAUUGUACUUUGUUGUGAAGGAGUUCAGAUAUAACUUUUGGUACUUUUUGCAAGGAAUCGCCCCUGAAAUCAACUGUGUGCUGGACAAGUUCUGAACAUUUUAUGAGAUGCACUGAAGUGUGUGUGGGUGUCAUAUUUUAUACAUCCUACUGUACCGUGGAUUUAAAGAUAUUUACUGAUGCCUUGGUCAAUAAUGUGGUGAUAUUAUUCUACAACAUUACGUCAUGAGACGAUGUCAGUCCCCUCACUAAGAUAUUAAAGACUAGUGUCAGAAUUCUGUUGGUCGAGAGAGAAGACGUGUGUGUGUGUGUGUGUGUGUGUGUGUGUGUGUGUGUGUGUGUGAUGACCUGGAUUGGAGGUGAAUGUUGUUGACGAGGUCCUGACCAGGCCAUGACUGACUCCUGAAGGGAGAAUCUAACGUUCUCUGAGGACAAACCAAUUAUUAUGGCGAUCCUGACCUGCGUCUUUACACACAUGCUUUAGGACUGGCUCUAGAAUUACUGUUCAGUUGGCUUCCGUCAUGCUGGAGGAUCCAAACUAUAUUCAUAAUUCACUUUGUAUUGAUAUUGAUAGCAUAUUAUGUCAUGCCAGAGAUUUUUAUUUGCCCCCUUUUUAAAUAGCUAAAACAUCAACUGAUGCUCACCUUGGUGUUAAUUCAAUGUCACAUUUCAGUAUCGUUUUCGUCUCCUUUCAGUGAUCUUGCUAUUGCCUUAGCAAUGUCUGUAGAGUUGAAUAGGUCCUAUACUAUUUCAUGUAUUCUGACAGGGUGUCCAUUGAUUCUAUAAGAAUUUAGGUUUGUAAAGGGUUGGUUAUCACCGUGGUAACAUAUCAAAAUCUUGAGAAGCAGCUCCUGUAUGUAUGAUGUGCAACGGUAAAGACUAGUAUCCUCACAUGGAAUCAAUCUUUUAUGAUCGUCAGUAUUAUUAUUUAUUGAUAGCCUUCAUUAUUCAUUCAAAUUGUUUUAUUUCAGCUAUAUCAAAGCAACUAAACAACAACUUUUUGCUUUUGCCUCAACUCGUUCUCAGGCCCAGCGCCCAGGUCGAUAUCCCACCACCUGACCAGCAUAGAGCUCUCAGGCCCAGCGCCCAGGUCGAUAUCCUGCAUAGAGCUCUCAGGCCCACGCCCAGGUCGAUAUCCCACCACCUGACCAGCAUAGAGCUCUCAGGCCCAGCGCCCAGGUCGAUAUCCAGCAUAGAGCUCUCAGGCCCAGCGCCCAGGUCGAUACCCCACCACCUGACCCGCAUAGAGCUCUCAGGCCCAGGUCGAUACCCCACCACCUGACCCGCAUAGAGCUCUCAGGCCCAGGUCGAUACCCCACCACCUGACCAGCAUAGAGCUCUCAGGCCCAGGUCGAUACCCCACCACCUGACCCGCAUAGAGCUCUCAGGCCCAGGUCGAUACCCCACCACCUGACCCGCAUAGAGCUCUCAGGCCCAGGUCGAUACCCCACCACCUGACCAGCAUAGAGCUCUCAGGCCCAGGUCGAUACCCCACCACCUGACCCGCAUAGAGCUCUCAGGCCCAGGUCGAUACCCCACCACCUGACCAGCAUAGAGCUCUCAGGCCCAGGUCGAUACCCCACCACCUGACCAGCAUAGAGCUCUCAGGCCCAGGUCGAUACCCCACCACCUGACCAGCAUGCUCUCAGGCCCAGGUCGAUACCCCACCACCUGACCAGCAUAGAGCUCUCAGGCCCAGGUCGAUACCCCACCACCUGACCCGCAUAGAGCUCUCAGGCCCAGGUCGAUACCCCACCACCUGACCCGCAUAGAGCUCUCAACCUUCAAACGGGAAUCAAUGGUGAAACAGCCACAUCCAUUUGUGAUUUUGCAACAACAAAGUUCCUGUUUUUUCCCCCCUCUGACAUCAUUGCACGCGUGACAGCAGAGCUUAAUAUGUACUGCCUUGUUUUCACCAUGCUGCACGACGCUCAGCAGCAACAACGGUGGUGGGGCGGCCAGUGGCGCAAUUUCCCCCCUACUGCGGAUGCCAUCUUUAACAGCCUGAAAAACUCUGGCUUGUAUCCACAAAGCAACUGAGUAGGAACAGGGCGCCAUGUAUUCAUUGUGCUCUAAAUGGAAAUACUGGUCCUAGAUCAGCUGUUUUCUUUACUGUGUGUAUUUCUUCUAUAUUAGCUAGGUUCAGUACAUCAAUGGUCUCCACUUACUUACAGUACAUCACUGUUAAACUGUGCAAUUCUGAAACGUUGCUUUGUUUUUCUCUUUAGAUUUACAUUCAGCUCCACAUGUUUUACUGUCACUCAUACCAACCAAAACGUUUGUACUUUAAACAUUAUUCUGCUGCAGCUCACUGUGCUUGUAGUUUGUAUUUUAAACAUUUUGUUGCAGCUCACUGUGCUUGUAGUUUGUAUUUUAAACAUUUUGUUGCAGCUCACUGUGCUUGUAGUUUGUAUAAGCGUCUAUUGUUCUGCAGCGUUGUUUUUACGAGAACCUGUACACUAGCCUGAGUCCCAGACCGGUUCGUGCCGUCUUCCUGUACCAACUCCAUUUCUGUCAUUGUCAUGUUUGGUAUGGAGUUGGCAAGACGGCACAAACAAAACUGGGACGCAAGUUAACUACACAGCAUCGAUGUGCUUCUAUAUCGUCUGCACUCAAGCCCACAAACCCCAGCUGUGAAGUUUACCUAACGUAAUAAGGUUGUUGGCUAACCAAAGACAUGUUCUGAGGCCUUGAGUGCUUGUAUAAUGAACCCCUCCACACCCCUCUGAGGGAAGAUGGAACCAUUGCUGCUCAACAAAAAAACUUCAGUUAAUCGAUAUUAUGAUUAUAUACGUUUCAUGUUUCCAUUUGAGGACUAGAAGUCUAUUGUUUCUCUGCUGUUGGGGAAAAGCACGAUGACAGUGGUACUCUUUUCAUACAUAUUGUAAAGAACAGCAUAUUUGACGCAGUAACACACCCUGGGUCAAGAUGGGGUGGACAUAUUCAAUGCAGUGUACAGUAUAGAUACUGUUUCUUGUACAAUUUGCCUUUUCUACUCAUUUUGGUUUUCAAUUUUUUUUCCUGUACAUAAACAAUAAAUUAUUUUUUAAAACCAA